AUCUCAUUUAUUUAUUUAAAAUAAUUUAUCUCUGCUAUGCUGUCUGCUGUGCUUUCUAAUCUUCAUCUUCUACAUCGAGGCUAGGGUUUUUUUUUUCUUUUUUCUUUGAAAUUUUAAUUGUCUAUCACAAAAACUAUGGUUAUUCCAGCAGUUAAGGGAGCCGUGCCAUGUGAUUUCUGCAACGAGCAAACGGCGAUUCUUUACUGCCGAGCUGACUCUGCGAAGCUCUGUUUGUUUUGCGACCAGCACGUUCACUCGGCGAACCUGCUCUCUCGAAAGCAUCUCCGGUCUCAGAUCUGUGAUAAUUGCGGGAAUGAACCGGUUUCAGUUCGGUGCGAGACCGAUAAUCUGGUGCUUUGUCAAGUGUGUGAUUGGGACGCGCACGGUAGUUGCUCUGUGUCGGCGGCGCACGAUCGCACCCUCGUGGAAGGGUUCUCUGGUUGCCCGUCGGCUGUGGAGUUGGCUUCGGCAUGGGGAUUCGAUCUGGAGGAGAAGAAAGCCUCGGAUCGGAGCUGGAACGUGUAUCACCAAGAUUUGGUCAUGCCGCCAGUGGAAUCUUGGUUGUACGAGGCUGGUUUGCAAGAAAUGAUGGUGCCGUCCGAGGGUCUUGACUGCUACGGGGAGACGUUGAAGAAAGAAAGUCGCGGCAGCGGGAAGUGCAAACAGGUUAUUUAUAAGCAGCUUGUGGAGUUGAUGAAAAGAAAUUCCAUGGACGGUGGUGAAGGCGGUAUCGCCGAAGGUGGAUGUGGAGAUGAGGACAAUCUAGUGUGUAACGUCGAACCGAACGUCGGUUUUGUGACUCAACAAGAAGUUAUACAGCCGUUGCCACAACAGCUAACACAAACGCCGGCUCUGUUCACUUCUUUGCUGAUGACGCAAACACAAGAAAGCGAACACGUUGUUAAUGAAGGAAAUGUGGCGUUGAAUGGUAAUCCAAACGGUCGAGCUCCCCAGAUUUGGGAUUUUAAGCUAGGGCGGUUGAGGGGUCAAGAAGAGUGCAGGCAAUCCAGAUUGGAAGAUGAAGUUGGGUACGGCAGAAGCCAUACAGGUUUCUUGAUUAACAAUUUUAACCAAGGCACUAAUGCAAAUUUGCUAGGCUACCCCCCUCCAAAACAUGAUUUGACUUCACUCAAUAAUAACGACACAAAUAACCCAGGUGCAAGUGGACCAGCCACAUCUGAGAGCAACAAUCUACCACUACCAAAGCCAUCAUCGGGUUCAGCUUUGGGUAAACACAAAGGGUCUAGCAGUUCCAAUGAUGUUAACUUCCCCGAACAACCUUUCCUUGUGAGGCCGGUUGAGCAAGCAAUGCCAACAGCAAUUAGUAAGGCUGAUCGCGAGUUGCUGGGGCAGAACCGAGGCAAUGCCAUGCAGCGUUACAAGGAGAAGAAGAAAACACGAAGGUAUGAUAAACACAUUCGAUACGAAUCGAGGAAGGAAAGAGCGGAUACACGGAAGCGGGUUAAAGGUCGAUUUGUGAAGGCUACGGAAGCUCCUGAUGAUUAGAAGCUGUGUAGUGAGAGUGAAUGAUCUUUGUAUGGAUUGUGCUGUAAAUAUUUCUUUUUUUACAUCUAAACGUGUAGCUUAGCAUUUUCUAUAUGAUCUUAGUAUUUUCCGCUUGCUAGUUCCAUCAAAUUGAAGUAUUUUGGCUUGAGGGUCAACUUUGUUCCGGUAGUAGACUCAAUUUAUCAUUUUUGUUCUUAUC